CGCAGACCAGGAAAAAGAUCAAGGAUCUAUCUUGUUGGACAAAGACGGAAAGAGAAAACACACGAGACCCACGUUCUCCGGCCAGCAGAUCUUCGCCCUGGAGAAGACUUUUGAGCAAACGAAGUACUUGGCGGGGCCCGAGAGAGCGCGCUUGGCCUAUUCGCUGGGCAUGACUGAGAGUCAGGUCAAGGUCUGGUUCCAGAACCGCAGGACCAAGUGGAGGAAGAAACACGCGGCCGAGAUGGCCACGGCCAAGAAGAAGCAGGACUCGGAGACCGAGCGGCUCAAGGGCGCCUCGGAGAACGAGGAGGAGGACGACGACUAUAACAAGCCCCUGGACCCCAACUCCGACGACGAGAAGAUCACGCAGCUGCUGAAGAAGCACAAGCCGGGCGGCGGGCUCCUGCUGCACGCGUCCGAGGCCGAGGGCGCGUCCUGAGCGCGGACCGGGCUGCGCAGAUGUACAUAUCUAUUUUUCUAACCCAGAAGUGUGGCGGGAGGAGGGGACCGGAGCGAGACUCGGGGUGGACCAGGAGGCCGCGGCCACGCGGUGCACUGCUGUAAGGACGCAGCCGGGGUCCCCACACGCGUCCGCGAGCGCCCGGCUCUCCGUCCCCUGCGGGGAAGGGAGAACCCCACGGCGGGGGGGCCCUCGAGCCACGCGUGCAACCCCCCGAUGGGACAGGGACGUUGCCCCAGCUCGCUGCUGUGCGACUAGAGCGACCUGUUGAAGGCCCUGUAAAUAAAUCGUGAGUCACACUGACUAGAAGUUACUUUAUUGUGAAUAUUUAAAAUGUAAAAUGCUUUUUUGGAAUUUGGUAUAAAAAGAUGGAUCUCCUUCCUUCCAAGCCCUCCUUUCGAAGACCUAUCCACACGACCACUUCCUUUUAUUUGAAAUUUAAUUCGGGAAUUGCAGGAAUGUGCUUACCGUCCCCAACCCCCUCCAUUCGCUCCUCUCCGUUUGGAGUUGCUGAGCCUCAGUUUCCCUUUUUGCCUCCUGGUUCCGCCCUACCCCCUGCCCCCGGGGCCCCCGCCCUGAGGACUCGAAGCAGAAGAUGUGGGAACCGGGGAAUCUCACAUCUGCCCCUCUGGUCCCCUCUGAAAUUGCACAGUCGUUUGUUGCUAUUUAUUAGUGAUUUAAAGAAAGGAUUGGGGAGGGAGGGGCCACAUAGCUCGUGUUUAACUCCUUUCUGAUAAAAAUGCGUGUUAAAGUAGAUGGUGGGGAUUGUUACAGCCGCUCCGGGUGAGAACAUAAAAAUCCAUUUAGUUGCUGUAAUUGAAUUUGAAGUGUUUUGUAUCAUAAGAAUACUAUAGAGUAUGUAAAUUGUUUUCUUUUUUAAGCUAAUAACGGUGAUAUAUUAGCAUCUUUAACCUUUAUUAAUUUAUAUAAGGAAUUUGGUUUGUAAAGAGAAGAAAUCCCCUUUGCAAGACCAGUUAAAUGUAAUGCACUUUCUGUUUCAAAGGAUAAAUCAAAUUAAACAGUUUGAAGACGUCUGUUGCCUUGAGUGAAAGGGUACAGAUCACCUGAUCUCAUCCGAGAUCUCAAAUAAUAAAAGAAAACC